AUGGCUAGUCAUAUAAUCGGCAACCGCAACAGCACUCCAGAAGCCUCGAAAUCCUCUCUUCGACCGCCUUCGUCGUCUCGCAAUUUGGCUACUCACCAGCUUCGGGCAUCCGCCGACAUGUCGGGCUUUCCGUCCCCCCUCUCGUCCCGCAGCAUCCGCCCUGCGUCCGAGGUAUACUUCAACCAGCAGGCUCAGACGCCGAGCAACACAGAGGAUCCUCUCGACCGCGCAGCACAGCAGUGGCUGGCAGAUAUUGAUCAGUAUGAAACCACUCUAGAGGAGAUGGCUGCCGCGACGCUAGACCAGGAUUUCAAGGAUGAGCUCAGCGCAAUCGAACAGUGGUUUCGUGUGUUGAGCGAGGCCGAACGAACCGCUGCCCUGUAUGCUCUGCUGCAGCAGACUACACAGGUGCAGAUUCGUUUCUUCAUUCAAGUUCUGCAGCAAAUGGCCAAAAGCCACCCUAUGUCAGGGUUGCUGUCCCCCGCGAACUUUGGAGAAAAAGAUGCCAUGUCCAACCGUUUGAACGAUGCCAUGUCAAAGCUCAACGUUGAGGGUUCUCGAAACUCUCUGGGCCGCCCUCCGCCUUCGCCUGGCGCCAAGCGCAACUCUGGUCUUGACUCAUCCACAAUCAAUGCCAUGUUCCCCGAUGCAGCCGCCGCGAUUGCGAAAAAGAAGGCGGAAUUUACCCAGCAAACAGGCAAUGCACCCCCCUCUAACAGGAACAGUGCAGUCUUCAACGAGCGGACAUCAUUCGUUGCGCCUACUAUUUCUGCUCCUGAUAACAAUGCGGAUAACCUAGGCCAGCCACCCGUAUCACCAUGGGCUCAACGCGGUGCGUCGGAGCCCCAGCCACCAAUCGCUCGGCCCAAGUCAUCCUCUGGACAACAGCCUAUGGGGCAGUUCAGCCAGUCUGGCCUGCGCUCGCCUCUCCCCACGACGCAAACCGCAACCAUUCCCGCUCCCGAAAUCGAGGCGCCGUUGCUAUCGCCAUACAACGUUGGAAAUGCCAGCUGGGCUUCCAUGACCAACACCCCGAUGACUGCAACUUUUGGACAACAGCUUGGAGCUCCUCACCAGCAAGGUUCUCAAGCUGAUAUGGUGGCCAAUGCCACGGCCAUGAAGCUGGCUGCUCUCUCGACUGUGAACAACCGUAUUGCACUGGACGAUGCUCGCAAAUACCGCCGCGCUAGGUCCAAUGAUGGCCAAGGAAAGAACACUCAGAGCGCCAAUGCACAGCACUCCAUCCCACAAGGCGGUCUGCAAAGCCCCGGCUUACCACCUGGCGCGAACAACCUGGUUUCUGGCCAGUUUUUGAACCCCCAGCAGUUCGCCGCCCUUCAAGCACAGCAACAGGCAGCGAUGGCAGGCCGCCGGUCCCGCCCAACAUCGCCCGGGAUUGCUAUGCAGGGCGGCAGCCUAGGGCCUAUGGGAUUCACCUCCCCGCAGAACAAUGGAUUCUUGGCUGCUUACGACCCCAACAACCCUCUUAUGGGUAAUGGAUUGGGCACAAUUGGCAUGGGACAGUUUGGACUCGGUGGCCAUGAGGGCUAUCUCUCUGACCACUCCGAGGUUGCCCGCGGUCGUUCCCCACGCGGUCGUCGUGGUAGCUCGAAGCCUCCAGAGGACCCUACGGACCCCAAUCUUCUCAAGGACAUUCCCAACUGGCUGCGAUCCCUGCGGUUGCAUAAGUACACAGACAACCUGAAGGAUUUGAAGUGGGGCGAACUGGUUGAAUUGAGCGACAAGCAGCUAGAAGAGCGCGGUGUGAAUGCGCUUGGUGCUAGAAACAAGAUGCUGAAGGUCUUCGAGCAGGUCAGAGAAGCCAAAGCUGAAGGAAAACUUGAAAAUACUGCAGCAUGA